UGUCCUGCCGCUCUUCCAGCAACAUGCCUGGUGGUUCCCCCGAUAUCGAAGAUGCUGAGAAAGUGAUGUGCGCUUCAAAGUUCCCAGUCUACGUCAAGGUUGAGGAAGGAAAGCAGUACUACUACUGCACCUGUGGUAGAAGCAAGAACCAGCCUUGGUGUGAUGGAAGCCAUAGUGGCACCAAGUUUCAACCUAUGGCAUGGACGGCUCCAAAGACAGGGUCUGUCCGAUUUUGCCGUUGCAAGAGUACCAAAACGCCUCCCCUUUGCGACUACUCCCACGUUGGUCUUAUGAGCUCUUGCUGUAGUGGUGUUAGCGUGCAGACAGGAGGUUUGUACGUCCCAAAGCAUUGACGGGAAUUCAAAAGAGUGCGAGGAGUUCUUAUCGAGUUCUUGUAAAGUUAGAAGUAAUAAUUCAAGAUGAGCACUUGCAACAAUGAAAAGAUUGAAUUCAA